UUCUCACUUUGCUUGGGGAUUAAAGGGAGGGGUGGGGGGAUUUCUCCAGCCUCCCCCCCUUUCCCCUAUACUCCUCCUCCCCCCCCUAAAAAAUCCACGCUGCCUUGGGUUAGAAUGUGUCUCGUUUCUGAUCCGUUGGAAGGGGGCCUGUCUGUGGGCUGGGGAGCACUGAUGAGUCUCCCUGGGGUUGCGAGAGGGUCCAGUGCUGCUAGCUUUCCCAGCCUGGAGACAAGAUCUGGUUGCUGAAUUCACAGGACUUCCCCCUUUGCCUGUGCGCCCAUCCCCGCUGGCAGACGGCAGAGACCCCCCGGCAACCUGGCAAGCCCUUCCCCACACUCCAGAAGCGCAAGAUUAAUGAGUGGCACAGUAGAUAAAGGGAGGCUGCACUAGCCUGCAGACAUGAACGUCCAGCUGGGUUUGGAGACCGCCGGGGACAUGUCCAGCCAGGAGCAGGAGCUGAUGCACGGCCAAGGCAGAACCUUGCACUCCGCUCUGCCCAGACCGUCUCUGGUGGCCUCGGUGCUGGACGGCAGUGAGUACCACCGAGCCGAGCACCCCCUGGCCACCUCUUUGCACCCGGGGCUUGGCUUUGGCGGGGACUCGCCCAGCGGGGCCACCAACAGCUACACCACCUUGACGCCCCUGCAGCCGCUGCACGAGAAGUUCCACCACCAGCACCACCACCACCACCAGUGCUUGCCGGUGGGCAAUGUGAUCGGGAGCUUCACCCUCAUGAGGGAAGAACGGGGCCUGGGCUCCGGCGGUAACUUUUACAGCCCGUACCACAAGGAGCUGGGCAUGGGGCAGGGUCUGUCGUCCCUGCCCAGCCCCAACCUGACCCCCAUGCAUAGCUACAGCCACUCGGCCGGACACUUGGGCAACGAGAAGAUGGUGACGGCCAACAAUUUCGACGCCCACCCGGCCAUGUUCGGCAGGCUGGACCAGCACUUUUCCAGGGAAAUUUCCCCCUCCCAGAACUCCGGCAUGGGAUCCCCCAAUGGCGUGGGCCCGCACCAUUACAUCCACGCCAGGCCGGACAUGAACUCCAGACCCACCCAGCCCAUCUCCACCCAAACCACCGUCCUCUCCAGCCAGCUGGAGGAGAUCAACACCAAAGAAGUGGCCCAGCGGAUCAUCGCUGAGCUCAAGAGGUACAGCAUCCCCCAGGCCAUCUUUGCCGAGAGGGUGUUGUGCCGGUCGCAAGGCACCUUGUCAGACCUCCUCAGGAACCCCAAGCCUUGGAGCAAGCUGAAGUCGGGGAGGGAGACUUUCAAAAGGAUGUGGCGGUGGCUGCAGGAGCCUGAGUUCCAGAGAAUGGCAGCUUUAAGGUUAGAAGCCUGCAAAAGGAAAGAGCAAGAGCAAAGCAAAGCCGACCGAAACCACGUCCCUAAGCGGCACCGGCUGGUCUUCACGGACAUCCAGCGCCGCACGCUCCACGCCAUCUUCCACGAGAACCAGCGGCCUUCCAAGGACCUGCAGGUCACCAUCGCCCAGCAGCUGGGCCUGGAGAAAGAGCAAGAGCAAAGCAAAGCCGACCGAAACCACGUCCCUAAGCGGCACCGGCUGGUCUUCACGGACAUCCAGCGCCGCACGCUCCACGCCAUCUUCCACGAGAACCAGCGGCCUUCCAAGGACCUGCAGGUCACCAUCGCCCAGCAGCUGGGCCUGGAGCUCUCCACCGUCAGUAACUUCUUCAUGAACGCGCGGCGCCGCAGCCUGGACAAGUGGAUGGAGGAGGGGCGCCCCCCCUCCUCGGGCGCCCACGCCCCCAGCGCCGCCUCCGCCGUCACUUGCACCAAAGCAUGAUGGGAAGCCGGGGCGCCGGACGGGGGGGCGCCGUGCCCGGCUGUCGACGGGGCGGGGACUUUUUGGGUGGUGAUUGGCUUUCGUGUCUUCUCUGCGGUCGCUUCUGUGCCCUUCCCCCGCCUCAGUCCUUUCGGCUGGUGCAAUAGAACCCACCUGCCCGGAUCCUGAAUCGGCUUCUCUGCAUUGAGUGGGGCUCCCUGAUCCACCCCAGGUGGGGGUCUGGCCCCCCCGACGCCAGUGGAGCGAUGCCGAUUGACCCAGGUGAGCUCCUCAGCUGGGGUGCAUGGGGGCACCCUGAUUGGCACCGGCGGGGGGCGCCCCCUUCCCUGCCUCCAAUAACUGCCUGGGAGGCAGGGGAAGCACAUGGCUGAGGAUCCAGGUGCCUGGUGGAGGCUGCAGCUCUUUGAAAAGCAUCCGUGUGCCCCUGAUGCUGGAGCCCGUUCAUCGUUGUGACCGGUGUUUUGGAAGGCAGCGCUGCCUAGGAGUGAGAAGCAGAGCCAGGACUCCUGGGUCCUAAGUGUGUCUGGGAAAGGGGUGCGGUAGGAGUGGUGGCUGGGAGCCAGGAUUCCUGGGUUCUC